AUGAGGUCAGGGUGAAUCCUAUACGUCUAUGCAUGAGUGGGCAUCUAGCUGUUUACAACGGCUAUUCAAACCCAUAUACACCGGAGUCGGUGAAUAGUCUCGCCCGAACUGCACUGCACUGCAUCGGCACAGGCGGAAAUACAGGCGGAAAUUACAUGUAUAAUAUACGGUUUAAAAUGUCGGGGGUUUCUGCACGUUGAAUACAUGGUGGUUCUUAUGGUUCUCGUAGUACAGCAUUGUACAAAAUGGUAUUGACUCGCGUAGGUUCUAGAUGUGAAUAGCGAACUGCAUGCAUAUUGUGGGCUGAAUCGUUUAUCCAUCUAGUUUUCCGUGGUAAUAAACACCACUUUACUACGUAGACUCUGCGAUCCGUUGACCGUUGAACAUGUCAUCUGCAGCGGACGACUCGGCGGCGGCGUCGCCUGCUGGACCUGGGGAGCAAGGCGCUACCAUCACCACAACAACGAGCAACCCCCCUGCACUCUCCCGUUCUACUUCUCAUGUUAUUGCGGACGCCGUUCACGUGAAGACGCCGAACGCUCGGGAGACAUGGGGAAGCGAGUUGGACUACGUUCUCUCCAGCAUGGGAUUAGCCAUCGGCCUCGGGAACGUGUGGCGGUUCCCGUACCUGUGUUACCAAAAUGGUGGAGGUGCUUUUCUAUUACCGUACACACUUAUGCUGUUGUUUGCUGGGUUGCCGCUGUAUUUCAUGGAGGUGGCCCUGGGCCAGUACUGCAGCAGCGGUCUGAUCAAAGUCUGGCGAGCUGUACCGCCAAUGAGAGGUCUUGGCUACGGCCAGCUCUUCAUGUCUGUCUACGUAUCCAUUUUCUACAACGUGGUGCUUGCCUACUGCCUCUACUUCUUUUUUGCCUCCUUCACCAGUCGUUUACCUUGGAUCGGCUGUUCGAACUCCUGGAACACGCGUCUAUGCAGCGAGAUAUACGAAGAAUGUAUAGAGGACGGUGGAAUCGUGACGGACGAUAAAAAUUGUACGAGACUGGACGACUUGAAUCAAGACGAACUCACAUAUUACAACGUUACAAUUAUACCGAGGAAUGGCACAUACAAUACUAGUCUUUAUCGAGACCCCUUUAUACACGUUAGAGCUCUGCCUAGCCAAGAGUACUGGAAGAAUGAAGUACUGCAAGAAUCGUCGAGUAUGAACGAGACCGGGACGCUAGUAUGGAAGCUCACUCUAUGUCUCCUGCUCGCAUGGGUGCUGAUAUUCCUCUGCCUCAUCAAAGGUGUCAAGUCCGCCGGCAAGGUGGUAUACUUCACCGCCACGUUUCCAUUCGUGGUUAUAUUCAUCCUUCUCAUCCGAGCCGCAACACUGGAGGGACACGAAGAGGGUGUGAGAUACUAUAUAUACCCCGAAUGGGAACGCCUCAAACAUGCUGUGAUUUGGCGAGACGCUGCAGUGCAGAUCUUUUUCUCACUUGGUGCCGGUGGGGGCGGGCUCCUGACCUUGGCAUCGUACAAUAAGUUUCAUAGUAAUUGUUACAGAAACUCGGUCUUCGUGGCAGUGGUUAACUGUUUGACGAGUUUUAUCUCAGGGUUCAUGAUCUUUUCCAUAGUAGGCUACAUGGCCCACAAACUCAACAAGUCCGUCAAAGACUUCGCACACGAUGAUCUUUCAGGUUUUGGGUUAGUGUUUGUAGCAUGUCCAGAGGCCUUAGCGAAGUUUCCUGGUGCUCCAUUCUGGUCUCUUAUGUUCUUCUUUAUGCUCAUACUUCUAGCUGUCGAUAGCCAGUUCGUUGGUGUGGAAGUGAUAGUCACCGUACUCAUUGACGAGUUUCCUGAUAUUCUACGACCUCGAAGAACACUGGUCACUGGAAUAGCUUGCUUUGUCAUGUUCAUACUUGGCCUACCCAUAGUGACCAAUGCGGGCGGCUACUGGAUGGCGCUGUAUAAUAACUACGCUGUGAGUUUUGUUCCCUUGGUCGCUGGCAUUCUUCUCACGUGCAAUAUUAGUUAUAUCUACGGUUUUCGGAGAUUUCUAGAUGACAUCCGGGUUAUGAUCGGAACUCGCAUCGUCGAUCAUUGGCAUUUCUGGUUCUGGCUGGGCAACUGGUUGGUUGCCACUCCGCUCCUGUUAGGGAUCGUUCUUAUAUGCCACUGGGCUUUCGACGAAGCACCGACGUAUAAUGGGAUGGCGUUUCCCGGAUGGGCGACUGCUAUUGGUUAUCUCAUGAUGAUGACGGCGUUGCUCUGCUUUCCCGCCUUCUGGGUCUACGACUUUGUGCGCAAGCCCACCUUGAUCACGUGGGAAGAUAUCAGACCUUCGUCCAUAAUACAGCGGUUGAAGCUGAUUACAAGACCCAGUAUAUCCUGGGGCCCUCUCCUCGCCGAAAACCGGCUGAAAUCGUGGGACCUCCACGAGAAGCGAGGUACAACCAUGGGCGGAAAGGUUGAUCCGAACGCACGUCCGCACGAACCCGUCAUCAUGAGCCGAAUCGAAGAAGAACCCGAUGGGGGAGCACCAAGGACCUUUCACUAUGCCGUGUUCGAGAACGAACCCGAGAGCGAUGUCCUUCCGUGAUGGCGGACGGUCGUAUUUUUGCAUGCGGGGAAAAAGGGAAGACAAAGGCUAUGAUAUUUACAUGAAUUUCGCAUUAUCGUGUAAAACACAACCGCAAACGCUGUCAAGAACUCAACUCAUGGGCAAUUUUAAUACCCUAAUGCAUUGCUUAAUUAAUAUUGAUGUGAUGUCCGCACUUUUCAAUAGGUAGCGCCCUAAGCUAUUAGAAUUGUAGAUGUUUUGACAGUCUUUGAGAACAUGUGACAUUAUCUUGUUUUUUCCCUUUCAAAUUUCAUUCAAAUU